ACACGAACCCGCUGCUGCCUGGUCUGAGAGGGAGAAAAGAGGAGAUGACAGGAAACGGGGAGAGUCCCGCAGAGAAGUUUUAAAUCAAGACUUCAGUCUCAGAUUCUCAGAGGCGAAGCAGGACAAGGGUCCGGGGACAGACGCCUCCCCCGCUGCAGAAAGUUUACCUUUGACCGGCUCCUUUCAGACACCACAGGCGGAUGUUCCCCGCAGACAGCAGGCACCUGUCCGACAGACACCUGGCAGACGGGACGGCCAAAGCGCGCAUGCUCCGUUGUCAUGUGGGACUCUAUUAAAGCGCAGUGAUCUGGUCAGAGGGUACCACACCUCCAGCAGCAGCAGCACCGCGUCAGGGACGGCCCAGGACAGGCCUUCCCUCCUGUCUGCAGCUGGACCCGCACCUCUCCUCCGAAGAUGCCGCGUUCCUUCCUGGUGAAGAGCAAGAAGGCGCACAGCUACCACCAGCCGCGGACUUUAGAGGAUGACUACAGCCCGCUCGACUCGAUUCUGGAGCGCACGUGCUCAGAGACGGACAGACUCACGGAAGAGGACACCGACCCGACUAGGGACAGGUACGGCCUCUCCCCGGCCUCCCACCUGGGGGACGAGCCUGACUUCCCCCCCAGCUCUCCUCAGAGCUGCACCGACAGUCUGUGCGCUCAGUCCCCGGACUAUGAGGACUACUGGAGACCUCCAUCACCCUCAGUAUCACCGGUUGACUCAGAGAAAUCCCUGUCUCCUCUGGUGGACGAGACCCAGCCCUUCAUGGUUCCCUUUCGGCCUUACGCCUGGAGCAGCUAUCCGGGGCCAGGCCUGAGGCCCCUGGACCAGGACCUCCUUCCCACCAUGGAUGUGGACAGAGUCUCAACAACGAUGGCCCUCUACAGUGACAGGGGCGCUCCUCCAGCUAUGCUUGCAGAGCGUGCCCUGGUGGAGGAGCCCUAUGUGGACUACAGGAGACACGCUGCCGCCCUGCUGUUCUCGGAGACAGGCCGUGACGUGAAGGCCCAGCCGGAGCUGCUCUGCCCCACACUCAUGCUCAACGGGGCGUUCAAGUGUAUCAAGUGUGGCAAGGUGUUUUCCACCCCGCAUGGUCUGGAAGUGCACGUGCGCAGGUCCCACAGCGGCACUCGACCGUUUGCGUGUGACAUUUGCGGCAAAACGUUCGGACACGCAGUAAGCCUGGAGCAGCACAAAGCCGUGCACUCGCAGGAAAGAAGCUUCGACUGCAAAAUCUGCGGAAAGAGCUUCAAGCGCUCCUCCACUCUGUCCACCCACCUGCUGAUCCACUCCGACACGCGGCCCUACCCGUGCCAGUUCUGCGGCAAGAGGUUCCACCAGAAGUCCGACAUGAAGAAGCACACCUUCAUCCACACAGGCGAGAAGCCGCACAAGUGCCAGGUGUGCGGGAAAGCGUUCAGCCAGAGCUCCAACCUCAUCACGCACAGCAGGAAGCACACGGGAUACAAGCCGUUCGGCUGCGACCUGUGCGGGAAAGGCUUCCAGAGGAAAGUGGACCUCAGGAGACACAAAGAGACGCAGCACGGACUGAAAUGAGAGCAAAGCUGCAAUCACUGCUCAGAGCAUUGUGACUGAUUCAAGGACGAGUUCAGUUCUGCUGUUUGGAAGCGAGAGAGACGAUCUGAGAAGCUCCGACUGGGUUUAUUUAAUGUCUUCUAUUUAACGAAUAAGCUGUAGUAAACAACAACAAAAACAAAACAUCAGCAACACUAAUGACAAUCAAGGUCCAGAAAGCCGGGCGUAGCUGCGGACUGUAAAACAAUCUGGGGAUUUUUUAUUUUUAUUGAUGAAGCGAAUUUAAAAGCAGAUAAAAAUCUGCGCUUCUCCACGGAGGCGGGUUGUUUUCAGCCGCAGCGCUGCGGGCAAAACAAGCUGCGCUGAUGCGUCAGGCUGUUCGGCUCAGGAUGACGGAAAACACACUUUCCUCCUUUUUAAGGGAAACAACCUGCUGUAAGACUCUUGGGUUUAAAAACGGUGAGGUCUCAUUUUUACAACAGCUACUAGGGUAAAGACGGAAUCCUCAGCAAAAAAAA